CCCAUUAUGGCGGAGGGGCCAGUCGUGCGAAUGGAUUGUCUCUCCCACUCUGAUGCUUGUUUUGUGUCUUGAGGGAGGGGUGUUUUUUCCACAAUAGCCCGGUUUCUUUUCAAUCACAGUACACUUGUGCUUAUCUCCUAAGUCAUGGCAGACCGCGGCGUGGAUUUGUCCGCCCUACCAAAAGAGGUUAGAGACCAACUGGCGGAGUUGGAUUUGGAGCUGUCUGAAGGUGACAUCACACAGAAGGGCUAUGAGAAGAAGAGAGCUAAGCUGCUGGCCCCCUACAUCCACCAGAUGCCAAAUGUGGACCUGUCUCUGCCAGAUGUCCAGCUGUCCCCAGGCCACAGCGCAGACCCCAGCCCCAGUCCUGAGGCCCCAGGCCCCUCCACCUCUUCAGCCUCCAAACAUCACCGCACACACCGCAGUGGAGGGGCCAGGGAUGAGCGUUACAGAUCAGACAUCCACACAGAGGCUGUGCAGGCAGCGCUGGCCAAACAUAAAGAAGAGAAGAUGGCACUUCCCAUGCCCACAAAGAGGCGCUCGGCCUUUGUCCAGUCUCCUGUGGACAACUGCACACCCCCAGACACGUCUUCUGCAUCAGAGGAUGAGGGCUCACUGCGCAGACAGGCAGCUCUUAGUGCAGCACUGGCCCAGAGCCUGCAGAGCCCUGAUUACUGGAUCAACCGUUCCGUCCAGAGCUCCUCCACCUCCUCCUCUGCUUCCUCCACCCUCUCCCAUGGAGAGCCCAAGACCCAGCCUCAGCCCCAGCCUGUUUCUGCGUUAGCCGACGUUCUGGCCCACACACGCAUAGAAAACAGCGUCCCACCAGAUGUGACGUCCUCAACCCCGCAGGAGAGGGGGUCCAGGGUGGACCUGCCCCCGGCUGUCAGGGGCAUGAGCCGCGGACAGAGUCGCUCCAGCAUGCUGGAUACUGCUGAUGGAAAGAGAAAAGGCGUGCCAGUCAACAGCAGGGUCUCUACUAAGAUCCAGCAGCUGUUGAAUACACUCAAACGGCCCAAAAGACCGCCACUCAGCGAGUUCUUCCUUGACGACUCAGAGGAAAUUGUAGAAGUGCCCCAGCCAGACCCCAACACCCCGAAGCCGGAGGGCCGUCAGAUCAUCCCAGUGAAGGGGGAGCCCCUGGGGGUGGUCAGUAACUGGCCCCCAGCCCUGCAGGCUGCACUGGCCCGCUGGGGGGCCACCCAGGCCAAGAGCCCAGCCCUGACUGCCCUGGACAUCACCGGCAAACCCCUCUACACACUCACAUAUGGUAAACUAUGGAGUCGCAGUCUGAAGCUGGCCUACACACUGUUGAACAAGCUGGGCACCAAGGCCGACCCCGUCCUCAAACCAGGAGAUCGGGUGGCGUUGGUGUACCCAAACAGUGACCCAGGCAUGUUCUGGGUGGCAUUUUAUGGCUGCCUGCUGGCUGAGGUCAUCCCUGUGCCCAUAGAGGUACCAUUGUCUCGACAGGACGCUGGCAGCCAGCAGAUUGGCUUCCUGUUGGGCAGCUGCGGGGUCGGCCUGGCGCUGACCAGUGAAGUGUGUCUCAAAGGACUUCCCAAGACGCCCAGUGGAGAGAUCAUGCAGUUCAAAGGAUGGCCGAGGAUGAAAUGGGUGGUGACAGACACCAAGUACUUGACCAAACCUUCCAAAGACUGGCAGCCCCACAUUCCCACCGCCAACACAGACACUGCCUACAUAGAGUACAAGGCCAGUAAGGAAGGGACAGUGAUGGGAGUUGCUGUGUCCAAGAUCUCUAUGCUGACCCACUGUCAAGCCCUCACCCAGGCCUGUAACUACUGUGAAGGGGAAACACUGGUCAAUGUGUUAGACUGCAAAAAAGAUAUGGGCUUGUGGCACGGUGUCUUAACGAGCGUCAUGAACAGAAUCCACACCAUCACAGUGCCGUACGCAGUCAUGAAAGCCUGUCCCAUGUCCUGGGUGCAGAGGGUCCACAUUCACAAAGCACGUGUGGCCUUGGUGAAGUGCCGUGACCUCCACUGGGCCAUGAUGGCCCACAGAGACCAGAGGGACACCAACCUGUCUUCCAUACGUAUGCUUAUAGUGGCUGAUGGAGCCAACCCAUGGUCUGUGUCGUCAUGUGAUGCCUUCCUGAAUGUGUUCCAGUCUCACGGCCUGAAGCCUGAGGUCAUCUGUCCAUGUGCCUCUUCUCCUGAGGCCCUGACUGUGGCUAUACGCAGGCCUGGUGCACGUGGAGCUCCUCUGCCAGCAAGGGCCAUCCUGUCCAUGGGCGGCCUGAGCCACGGGGUGAUCAGGGUCAACACAGAGGACAAAAAUUCUGCCCUCACUGUACAGGAUGUGGGCCACGUCAUGCCUGGAGCUCUGAUGUGCAUUGUGAAACCAGAUGGGCCUCCCCAGCUGUGUAAGACAGAUGAGAUAGGCGAGAUAGUCCUCAACUCUCGCGCUGGUGGCACCAUGUACUAUGGCCUGCCUGGUGUGACCAAGAACACAUUUGAGGUGAUCCCUGUCAAUCAGGCUGGAGCCCCCAUUGGUGAAAUCCCCUUCACUCGCACUGGCCUCCUGGGUUUUGUAGGACCAGGCAGUCUGGUGUUCGUUGUGGGGAAGAUCGAGGGACUGUUGAUGGUCAGCAGCCGGCGGCACAACGCUGAUGAUCUGGUGGCCACUGCACUGGCAGUGGAGCCGGUCAAAACAGUUUACAGGGGGAGGAUUGCUGUGUUCUCGGUGACUGUGUUCUAUGAUGAGAGGAUAGUGAUUGUGGCAGAGCAGCGGCCUGAUGCCAGCGAGGAGGACAGCUUCCAGUGGAUGAGCCGAGUACUGCAGGCCAUUGACAGUAUUCAUCAGGUUGGCCUGUACUGCCUUGCGCUCGUCCCAGCCAACACCCUCCCAAAGACGCCGCUCGGAGGGAUCCACAUCUGUGAGACCAAGCAGAACUUUCUGGAGGGCAACCUGCAUCCCUGCAAUAUCCUCAUGUGCCCUCACACCUGUGUCACCAACCUGCCCAAACCCCGCCAGAAACAGCCAGUGGGUGUCGGUCCAGCUUCCAUCAUGGUCGGCAAUUUGGUGGCAGGGAAAAGGAUUGCUCAGGCUGCAGGCAGAGAGCUGGGUGUUGUUGAGGACCAGGAUCUGAUCAGAAAGCACCAGUUUUUGUCUGAAGCUCUGCAGUGGAGAGCCCAAACUGACCCAGACCAUGUUCUUUAUGUGCUGCUCAAUGCCAAGGGGGUAGCAGUGUGCACAGCCACAUGUGUCCAGCUGCACAAGCGAGCUGAGAAGAUCACUGCUGCCCUGAUGGAGAGGGGUGGCCUCAACACAGGAGACAACGUGGUGCUGCUUUAUCCCCCAGGUAUCGACCUGAUUGCUGCCUUCUAUGGUUGUCUCUAUGCGGGAGUCAUCCCUGUGACAGUGAGGCCGCCCCACCCACAGAACCUGGCUGCCACCCUUCCUACCGUGCGCAUGAUCAUUGAUGUGAGUAAAGCAGCUUGCAUCCUGACCACUCAGCCCCUCAUGAGGAUCCUCAGGUCCAGAGAGGCUGCUGCCAGCGUCAAUGUCAAGACAUGGCCCACCAUCAUAGAUACAGAUGAUCUCCCCAGGAAGCGGCCUCCGCAGAUCUAUAAGCCCCCCACAGCUGAGAUGCUGGCCUACCUGGACUUCAGCGUGUCCACCACAGGCAUGCUGACCGGAGUCAAGAUGUCCCAUGCGGCAGUCAGUACUCUGUGCCGCUCCAUUAAGCUGCAGUGUGAGCUCUACUCCUCUCGCCAAAUAGCCAUCUGCCUGGACCCGUACUGUGGCCUGGGCUUUGUCCUGUGGUGCCUCUCCAGUGUUUACUCAGGUCACCAGUCCAUCCUUAUCCCUCCUCUGGAGCUGGAGAGUUCGCUGCCUCUGUGGCUGAGCACGCUCAGUCAGUACAAGAUCAGAGACACUUUCUGCUCCUACUCGGUCAUGGAGCUGUGCACCAAGGGCCUCGGCACCCAGACAGAGAUACUGAAGGCACGGGGUCUGAAUCUGUCAUGCGUGCGGAGCUGCGUGGUGAUAGCAGAGGAGCGGCCUCGUCUCUCCCUCACCCAGUCCUUCUCCAAGCUGUUCAAGGAUCUGGGUCUGUCACCCCGGGCCGUCAGCACCGCCUUCGGUUCCAGAGUCAACCUGGCCAUCUGCCUGCAGGGCACGGCUGGACCGGACCCGUCCACUGUCUAUGUUGACAUGAAAUCUCUGCGCCAUGACAGGGUGAGGCUGGUGGAACGAGGGGCGCCACAGAGUCUUCCACUCAUGGAGUCAGGCACUAUCUUACCUGGAGUGCGGGUGAUCAUAGUGAACCCUGAGACCAGAGGCCCUCUGGGAGAUUCUCAUCUUGGGGAGAUUUGGGUGAACAGCCCCCACAGUGCCAGUGGCUACUACACCAUCUAUGGAGAGGAGAGCCUGCAGGCAGACCACUUCAACACCAGACUCAGCUUUGGGGAGCCCCAUACUCUCUGGGCCAGGACCGGAUACCUGGGUUUCGUCAAGAGGACCGAGCUGCUGGAUGCAAGCGGAGAUCGUCAUGAUGCCUUGUUUGUGGUGGGCUCCCUUGAUGAGACGUUGGAGCUGAGAGGGCUGCGCUAUCACCCGAUUGACAUUGAGACCUCUGUGUCCCGAGCUCACCGCAGCAUUGCAGAGAGUGCUGUGUUUACAUGGACCAACCUGUUGGUUGUGGUGGCUGAACUGAGUGGCUCGGAGCAGGAGGCCUUGGACCUGGUGCCCCUUGUCACCAAUGUGGUCCUGGAGGAGCACCACCUCAUCGUGGGGGUGGUGGUCAUCGUGGACCCCGGGGUCAUCCCCAUCAACUCCAGAGGAGAGAAGCAGAGAAUGCACCUGCGAGACUCCUUCCUGGCAGACCAACUGGAUCCCAUCUAUGUGGCCUACAACAUGUGAAGACCCUCCGCCAACUGAUGAAAACAGAAAACUGAGCCAGGCUCUGAGAACAGAUGAGCGGGAGAAGGACUGGGGCGACCCCAGUGUUAAACCUCAGUCACACACACACAAACACCACAGAUGUGGGGAUGGGGGUGCAGUAAAAGUACUGUAGUGAGCAAGUGCUCCCCUCUUGGAAACAGCAGUUCAUUCACUGCUUCACUCUGCUGGAUCACUGUAAUCCAGGUUCACUGAGGUUGCCACUGGGGGAAAAUGAUUUUUCUCCUCUUGAUUGUGCGGGCAUGCACUUCUCUCAACUGGAGGAAAGUAGUCUUCAUCCACUCUCGGCAUCCCACCUCCUCAUCACAGCUCCAAACCAUGAUAUUUUUUUUUACCAGACAUUGCAUAAUUUUACCACAGAGAAAACUUUUAUUUCUCACCUCCUUUCAUUCCUUGGUUUUCAGCCGAGCCUGUACCAUGCAGCCCCCUCUGCUUGUGUUUUUUUUUUUUUUUUUACCAGCCAUUCUUGAAAGCAGGGGUGGCACCCUGGAAUGGGAGAGGCGCUGGAUAUUUCCCCAUGCACUUUACCUCCUCGCACCUCCAAGUUAUUUUCCUGUCCAGCCCACCUCCACGGGGACACCCCCCACGAUUGCUGCUUCACACAAAGCAAAUCCCCAUCAGUAUUAAAGUGCCACCAGCACGUGCAGCCCAUGUGGGCAGCGCUGACAUGUUACCUUUCUAUCAGGUGCACCGUGGCUUUCACCACCUAUCGCAUAUUUGUCAAUAGGUAUGCCGUUGGCGUUCACAGUUUGAAAACGUUCUGCAGUACACCUGAAUUAUUUGUUGCUGUGGGAAAAUAAAGAUUAGCUUCAUGAGCAUACAGCCUGCAUAAAAGACAAGUAAUGUUACUUUGAUGGACAGAAACACAAGUCCUUGAUAUACUGUGUGAGUAGGAGUUGGUUCAUUAGAUAGUUCUUACUGUGAUAGUACUAAUAUUGAAUUUUCAAAAUUUUAAACACAAAAAUCUAUUGAAGGUGAGUCAAAGCUAUACCUACCGUUGUUUAGGUAUGCAUGUUAAUUGGCAGUGCAAUCAGUGUCGACAUGUGAGCCUGUUUAUUUACUAUGCUGUUGCAUUCAGUAGGAAAUACUGUGACAAGAGGUCACGAGGACAUUGAUGGGCUAAAUAUUCAGGCAUGGCUGUCAGGGUUACACAGUAUGAGUCACUGUUUCCUGGCUUGAACAGAAAUGCCCCCACCACUAACUUGCAGUACGUGUCUUUGUGUAGUUUCCCAUGGCAAAGCAAAGAGCAUCUUUCAUUUAAUAUUAGCAUCACAGUUGAUUAGGUAAAUGUGGAUUAUCAGAAGGCAAGUUAGUGCCUUUAUUUUGCACCAUCAUGAAGCAUGACAUUUGUGAUCAUGGACUGGUGAAUUUCUAAAAAGUAGGUAUCAAGAAUAAGGACAAAACCUUGCCUUAUUAAACCUGUGGAACUUCAGUAUUUUUUAUUUUUUGGUUAAAGGCUUCAUUUAUGGCAGUACUAUUAGCAUAAUUAAAGAAGUAUUCCACCAUUUUGACAUGUGGAAUCGGACACCGGCUUAUUAUUAUUGGCACCACACUCGUAUCACAGUUUUGAUGGGGUGUCUUGUCCUUUUCAGUUUAUGGUCAUGUUUUUUUUUUUUUUCCUAAUUUCAUCAUGCCAUUUAAAUCCAUUGUUUCUAUCUGUAACACUGAAACAAAUCUACAAAUUAGGAAUUAACAAUAAUCAAACUGUUGUAAAAGGCCCAUGUGUUAAAAAUGGCAGAAUCCUCCUUUAAAAGAAAAGGGAGGUUAUAAAGGACAAGGAUGUCGUCUGUAUACUGUAUUUUAGAGGUCAAAUACUGUACUACUUGUGUUAAUGUGUACAUUGAACUUUGUUGAUAAAACUUGACAGAUCUUUCAUACUUGACAGCAUUUUUCUGCAUCAUUAAUUUAAUGGCAUCACAUUGCAAAAAGGAAGAAAAAAAAAAAAACAAUUUCAACUUAUUUUGGCAGGAAGUAACAAUGUGCACUUUCCCAAUACCAUUUUACAUGUGUGAGUGUGUCCACCUGGGAGUGUGAGUGUGUUAAUCCAGUUUAACAUUGAUAUUCGGCUAUUCAGCAAAGUUUGUCCUUCACAAGACAAUGAUCCCAAACUAUUGAACCAUUUUUAUUCUGAAUGCAAACUUUCUUUGUUAUCUGCAUAUUUUUUUUAAUGUCGCCUCCACUGUAUUUUAAUUCUUUCCAUCCAAAUUGGAACUUAAUAUAUUUUAUAGGGGUUUUAUCAAUAUUUCUUUGAAACUGCACAACUUCUGCAAACGAUCGGUUUGAUUUAUAAGUAGUUUGAUAUACUAGAAAUUGCUAUACCAACAUUUCCAUUCAGUGACGGACAUUGACAUGUUUGCAAGCCAGUCUUUUUGGGCAAGGUUGAAUUACUCAUAAAUAACUCUAAGUGAGGCUUUUGAGCUAUUUUGUGGUAAUUGCUUUGUUGCUACUUUUCACUCCAAGUUUUAAUAAAGGUUUAUAAUUUCAUGCCGGCCUUCAAGCCUUUUCAAUAGACACUGGUGCUAUCUAUACAGGAAAGUUUGAGUUUCAUAUGACGACAAGUGACACUGACAGACUUCAGUCCUCCAACGUCAUCACACAGAAGGUGUAGAAGAUUUCUUCCUGGUCGCCCUUUUUUGUGUGAAAAAAAAACCCAACAAAAAACAAGUCAUUUGGUCAUUCAUUUUCAGUGCUAAUACUUUCAUACUUUGACUCAUGCUCAUUUCUGUAUUUAAUUUGUGAGGCAUCAUCAAAUUUUCAUCAAUUCUGGGAUCAAAAAUCUGUCCAUGGGCAAACUGACAUGGAUGUUACAAAUUGACAUACCCACCGUUUCCUUCUCUCUAUUUAUUUAAAAUCUCAAGUUGUGGUUUUGUGUAGAAUGGCAUAUAUUUCUCAACUCCAACUUUAUUCUAAGCACAAUAUGUAUUGUACUGGUGAGGUAAUGAAAUUAGGAUCUUUCACACAAAACUCAAGGGCCCAAAAAUGUAUACCUCAACAACUGUCUGUACACUAUGCAUAGCCGAGCUGCAGCAAAGACAUUCUGAAACAGUCAAUGGUGCGAUAACUUCUAACUCAGAAAAUGCAUUCAUGUCCUACUUGACAAAACACUGUCACACUGUCAUUGGAUGUGUCUCAUGUAAAAUAAAAAA